GGUUCUUGGUUAUUUUUCUGGGACUGAUUUUGAUGUAACUGUGUGUUUGCAGAAUUUGAUGAACAUCUACAUCCACAAGGUUUGUUGUACAGGUUAUGGAGUUUAUUCUAUGACAAGUAUAAGUCUAGGAAACAGACGCCGGGAUCCUCCAGUCAGAGUCAGGCCGCAACCGUUGUUCCUGUGAUGGACCUUAGCCUUCAAAUGAUUCAGGAUAGAUAUUCUAUUCAACGCCACUCAAGUUUUCCAAGCCGCCAUCCAUGUCAGCCGCUUUAUUCCUGCGAUUUUUCAUCAGAUGGACUGAUUGUAGCAUGUGGUGGGCUUGGCGGGAAGCCUUUCAUUUGCAAUGUGGAAACAAAAGAUUCUGUAACGACAUCAGAGUCGCAUUCAUUUACCAUCUUCGAAGUUAGAUUUCAACCAGGAUCAACUAUAUUUGCAACAUCUUCUGAUAAUAAAACAGUAAAAUUAUGGGAUGCAAAAACACUUGAGAGAUCGGUGUUCGAUUUUGUUGGACAUAAUGGGACAGUAAGCUCAUUGGACUUCCACCCAUUAGGAGGAAUUCUUUGCUCGUCCGAUACGGAUGAUGUAAUUAAAGUAUGGGAUCUCAAUCGACGUAUCAUGAUUGAUGAGUUUAAGGCAGGUGGAAGCCAAGUGAGAUUUCAGCCUGGACAUGGGAAGCUUUUGGCAGUUGCUAAUAAAAAUGUUAUCAACAUAAUUAGUUUUCCGACUUUUAAUCUUCUGAAAAUUCUUCAGGGACACGUCAAAGAUAUUUGUUCGAUAUGUUGGGAUGUAAGUGGAUAUUGGAUUGCCUCUGCCAGUGAAGAUGAAGUACGCGUCUGGUCGCUUAUGAUGGACGGAGAAUGCUUAUAUCACUAUCCAUCAAAUGGGAAGAAGUUGAAGUCCAUCAUAUUCCAUCCUCGAUACCAUAACGUCUUAGUUAUUGGUAGUUUACAGUGCAUGGAAUUGUUGAUUUUUGAAGUUGGGCAAGUUAUUAGUAAACGUAUCACUGAUUUACCAACUACCGGACUAGCAGCUUGUAUGCAAAAUGGAUUAAUUGCAUCAACUACAACUAGCAAUGAUUCUGUGGUCAACAUAUGGAAAUGAAGCUCUAUUGAGACAAAACAGAAAGAGUGAAUGGCUUUUAUCUUGUUUUUCAUAAUCUGUUGAUAUAAUUAGAGUAAAUGGUCAACAUAGAGCACUACUAGACAUAAUUUGGUUUUUUAUUUCUUUCAAUUCUUGGACAUAUUUUUAGUCUCCUCUAUUUGAUGUGCCUAAUGGUUAUGGAUGCCUUGUGCUGCUGCAAGUGGUGUAGAUUUUUUUUCUUCUCUUUUUAUGUGUCAACAUAAUGUCAUAUGAUGUUUGAAGAGUGUAAUGAUCAAUGAAUAAACCACUUAAUUUCAUCCUUAAA